CCCCGGCCCCGGCCCGCGGGCGCUGCGUCUCCGCGCACUGGAGACGGCGGCUCCCAGUCACCGCCCCCGCCGGCGAGCGCGCGAUGCCCUGCUCGGGCGCCGAGUGCCUGGUUUCUGCAGGAGCCCCUCGGGAGUGGCGACCCCAGAUUUACAGGAAACGCACAGAUACGGCAUGGUUAUUCCUGUUCUUUCUGUUUUGGACUGGUUUGGUGUUUAUCAUGGGCUACUCGGUGGUGGCUGGAGCCGCGGAAAGACUCCUCUUCGGCUAUGACAGCUUUGGCAACGUGUGUGGCAAGAAGAACUCCCCCGUGGAAGGGGCCCCUCUUUCAGGGCAGGACAUGACCCUAAAACAACACGUGUUCUUUAUGAAUUCCUGCAACCUGGAAGUCAAAGGUGUGCAGCUCGACCGCACAGCCCUCUGCGUAUCCCGCUGCCCUGAAGAGCAGCUUGACUCCCUGGAAGAGGUCCAGCUCUUUGCAAACACCAGUGGAUCCUUCCUGUGUGUUUAUAGUUUGAAUUCCUUCAACUACACCCACAGUCCGAAAGCAGACUCGCUGUGCCCCAGGCUACCGGUUCCUCCAAGCAAGUCAUUUCCCUUGUUUAACCGAUGCAUCCCUCAAACGCCUGAGUGCUACUCCCUGUUUGCAUCUGUUCUGAUAAAUGAUGCUGACACCCUCCACCGAAUUCUAAGUGGAAUCAUGUCGGGAAGAGACACAGUCCUUGGCCUGUGUGUCCUCGCAUUAGCCUUGUCUUUGGCGGUGAUGUUUACCUUCAGAUUCAUCACCACCCUUCUGGUUCACAUUUUCAUUUCGUUGAUUAUUUUGGGAUUGUCAUUUGUCUGCGGUGUCUUGUGGUGGCUGUAUUAUGACUAUACCAAUGACCUCAGCAUAGAAUUGGACACAGAGAGGGAAAAUAUGAAGUGUGUGCUGGGGUUUGCUAUUGUAUCUACAGGCAUCACGGCAGUCCUGCUCGUCUUGAUUUUUGUUCUCAGAAAGAGAAUAAAAUUGACAGUUGAGCUUUUCCAAAUCACAAAUAAAGCCAUCAACAGCGCUCCCUUCCUGCUGUUCCAGCCACUGUGGACAUUUGCCAUCCUCAUUUUCUUCUGGAUCUUCUGGGUGGCUGUGCUGCUGAGCCUGGGAACUGCAGGAACUGCCCAGGUGAUGGAAGGUGGCCAAGUGGAAUAUAAGCCCCUCUCAGGUAUUCGGUACAUGUGGUGGUACCAUUUAAUCGGCCUCUUCUGGACUAGUGAAUUCAUCCUUGCGUGCCAGCAAAUGACUAUAGCUGGGGCAGUGGCUACUUGUUAUUUCAACAGAAGUCAGAAUGACCCUCCUGAUCAUCCCAUCCUUUCAUCUCUCUCCAUUCUCUUCUUCUACCAUCAAGGAACUGUGGUGAAAGGGUCAUUUUUAAUCCCUGUGGUGAGGAUUCCAAGAAUCAUUGUCAUGUACAUGCAUAACGUGCUGAAAGAGCAGCAGCAUGGUGCGUUGCUGAGGUACUUGUUCCGAUGCUGUUAUGGCUGUUUCUGGUGUCUUGACAAAUACCUGCUUCAUCUAAACCAGAAUGCAUAUACUACAACUGCUAUUAAUGGGACAGAUUUCUGUACAUCAGCAAAAGAUGCAGUCAAAAUCUUGUCCAAGAAUUCAAGUCAUCUUACAUCUAUUAACUGCUUCGGAGACUUCAUAAUUUUUCUAGGAAAGGUGCUAGUGGUGUGUUUCACUGUUUUUGGAGGACUCAUGGCUUUUAACUACAACCGUGCAUUCCAGGUGUGGGCAGUCCCUCUGUUACUGGUAGCCUUUUUUGCUUACUUAGUAGCUCAUAGUUUUUUAUCUGUGUUUGAAACUGUGCUGGAUGCCCUUUUCCUGUGUUUUACUGUUGAUCUGGAAACAAAUGAUGGAUCGUCAGAAAAGCCCUACUUUAUGGACCAAGAAUUUCUGGCCAAGAACUCCUUGUAAAUGGUUAUCAUUGGGACUCAGAAACCAAUACUCCAGACUGUGGCACUUUGACACGCUGAACUGAAGAAGCCUCAGGGUCUCCCCGACCUUCUCCCAAAGCACAGGAUAAAGCUGUCAUCUGAAUGAAGUUCCCUUAUCUGCCUACUGAAGUCCAGACCCACAAAAAGAAAAAGACAACCUCUGGCCCCUUCCCUGAGUUUUCCAUUAACUGGACUCAUAUAGCAGAAACAAAGACUAAAGUUGGUCAACACACUUGGGCAGACUUUUGUCACAAACCACUGUCUGUUCUGCGGGCCUAAUAUAUUCUGUCCCAGGCCAUUAAGUGUUUUUCAAGCCGAUUAAAUUCCCCUAAGUCAUUUACACCCCCAUAAAAUCAUCCAAACUUCCCCAUCUCCCUUUCCUCAAAACAAAUAUAGAUCUGUACCGAAUUUCAUGGUUACACAAUCAUUCUGUGAUUCUCCCCUGUUCGUGCUAAUUUGAUACGCCAUUUCUCCUGUUAAUCUGCCUUUUGUAAGUUCCUUCUUCAGCAGACCUUCCGAGGGCAAAGGAGAAGUUUCCCCUUGGCCCCUACAUUACCAACAGUGCAGACAAAGAAUACUAAUCUAACUUGUUCUUUUAUUUUUCAGAGUUUUGUAAAAAGAAGCAACAAAUUAAACAAUGUAAGGGCCCGGCAAGGCGAGGCCUCGUUAAGGAAUGAGGAGGAAACAGAACUCCAGGCCGUUGUGAGAUAGGUAACCAUGAGGUAUUUGCACCUGGAAAAAGUUUCCUUUUAAGAGCCAUUUACAGAAGACAAGAUCACUAGAGAAAAGCUAAUGGAAUUUGUUUUUUAAAGACCUAAUAAACCCUAUUCUUCUUCUUUUUCUUUGUAAUUGUUUGACCUGGUAACAAUACUGGAACCAUGGAAGUUUACAAUCUUUUUUGCUACAAAUUAGGACAGAAACACUCUUUUAAAACCAUGUUUAUAUGCAUCCAUUUUAAAAGUAUACUAUAUAAGAAUUGAGGUAAGUUUCUAAGUGCACAACCAAUAAACAAGCCUUUUUAAGAUAAGGAUUUUGUUAGCAGAAAUCUCUGGAAUUUUUUUAAAGGGGCAGCGUCUCACUAU